CAGGGCGGGGCUCCAGGCGGUCACGUGGCGCAGGGGAGGCGUGAGGGGAGCCCGGCAAGAUGGCGAAGGUCUCGGAUAUGUACGAUGUCACUUGGGAAGGUAACUUGCCGGCCGCCCGGCCGCCGUGUGUGUUGGCUUGGCAGGGGUGAGAAGGGGAGGGCGCGAUACGGGCAGACCCGGGGUGAGGUGUGGGCACAGCGACAGCGGCUCGGGGGGGGGGGGGAGGCGCCCGCCGCUUCAGAAGGAUAGCCGAGGCCUUGCUAGCGCCUCCCCUCGCCAGGCGAAAAAGCCUCAGCAACUUCACCGUCUCUUCAGUUGGGCUAAGAGUCCUUUAGGUGGUAUUCUCGAAGCUGAUCUACGCACAGAAUUAACCCCAUAAUGGCCUCGUCCGCGUGGGGCUUGCGGGGCUGCUUACCUGGUGGGAUUUGCGUCCAGGUGGCGCUGUGGGUUAAACCACAGAGCCUAGGACUUGCCGAUCAGAAGGUCGGUGGUUCGAAUCCCUGCGACGGGGUGAGCCCCCGUUGCUCGGUCCCUGCUCCUGCCAACCUAGCAGUUCCAAAGCACAUCAAAGUGCAAGUAGAUAAAUAGGUACCGCUUCAGCGGGAAGGUAAACGGCGUUUCCGUGCGCUCCUCUGGUUCGCCAGAACCUGCUUAGUCAUGCUGGCCACAUGACCUGGAAGCUGUACGCCGGCUCCCUUGGACAAUAAAGCGAGAUGAGCGCCGCAACCCCAGAGUCGGUCACGACUGGACCUAAUGGUCAGGGAUCCCUUUACCUUAGGAAUGUAUGGAAUGGCGAUCUCUGCAAGUUUACAGCCUUCCUUUUUCACCUGUCCUGUCGUGGUACAAAAACACAACGAAACAAGGACAGACUUAAUCUUUCCCCCUAGCAUGAGUGUAGCCAGGAUUUAUGUUAGGCAGACAGCAUACCUCCCUGUCAGCAUUCUCUGCCUGGCUCUGUAGCAGAUUCGGAAUGAAAUGUCUCGACAACAGUUGUUUUGAAUUACAUUCUUUUGACCCCAAGUGCUCAAAAAUAUGUCAUAAUUUUUCUACAAUGUAUACUUUUAGUUAAGUGUUUUUUAUUUAUUUACUUGAUUCGGCAGCUGUCCCCCUGGCUUCAUAUACCCCUAGUCCUGUUUAUCAGUGAAUUGAGAUUUUUCUUCUUCAUUAAACCCACAUUGGAGAUUGAGGGUGCAGAGCUUGGAGGCGAAGGUGGAGACUCUCCCUUCAUCUGACUUCAGGACACCCAUCUUAAAAUUAUCUCCUCUGAAAAGCCAUUUCCUUUCAUUCUUUUUACUAACUAAAGAUUGAUAAAUUACACCUUUACUGUCACCCCUUCAUUGGCUGUCGGCCUCCCCCCCCACUGUAAAAAAUUGGGAUUGUAUGCUCUUUGGGGCAGGGAACUUUGGCGCUGGGGGUCAGAGAGAAGAUACAGUGGUGCCCCGCAAGACGAAUGCCUCGCAAGACGAAAACCCCGCUAGACGAAAGCGUUUUCCGUUUUUCGAUGUGCUUCACAAGACGAAUUUCCCUAUGGGCUUGCUUCGCAAAACGAAAAAGUCUUGCGAGUCUUGCAAUUUUUUUCGCUUUCCCCCCCCUUUUUCUAAGCCGCUAAUAGCCUUUUAGCCGCUAAGCCGCUAAGCCUUUAAUAGCCGCUAAAUCGCUAAUAGCGCUAAUCCGCUAAGCCGCUAAUAGGGUUGCUUCGCAAGACGAAAAAACCGCUAGACGAAGAGACUCGCGGAACGGAUUAAUUUCGUCUUGCGAGGCACCACUGUAAUGAAACUUUGUAAAAUGCCAGGUGGAGUGAUGGGGCUUUAUAAGUAAGGCCCUGUGAGCAGGAGCUGAAUAAAUCCAAGGACAUGGAGAUGGUUGUAUCAUGCGGUUGUUGGUGACAGCCUUGAAUAUCACUGGUUGGGUCUCAGGUUUAACUUAAUAAGUUAAAAGUAUUGCUCUGUUGUAGGUAUUUCUUUUAGAUCCAGGUCCUUCUGUAUGAUGGAUGUGUAUACGUACUUUAAUAAACUGAAUAGAGGGAAAGAUUAUGAGUCACUGGGGUAGGGCUUAUAAACUUAAUAGUGUUUAGCUUAUUUUUUGUUGCUAUUUUGUUAAUAUUGUUUUAUAGAUUAUAAAUGCCUUUUUGAUUUGAUAACCAUAUAAUAUGACUUAACACAGGACUUGUGAUACUCUGUUCUGUUAUUGUUAUUCGUUUCUUGUAAGCCACUUUGGGAUUCAUUUGGAUGGAAAGUGGCAUAGAAAUGCAAGAAAUAAAAUCAAAACCAAAUCAAAUAAUCAUAGUAAUAUAAUGCAUUACUAUGCAAUAGAGGAGUUCAUUACAGAGUACUGCUUGUUUGAAGAGCUUUACAGUGCUUCAUGACCAAUAUAUUUGCUUCCAUAUUGCAGUUGAGGGCUUGAGGCUUGGACAAAAGUAGAUUGCCAAGGCCAACCAAAACCUGGGUUUUCCUGUUUUUCAGCUCGUACUUUCAGCUGCUACAUUCCAUGAAUCGUAAGCAUAUACAUCUAUAAAAAAGCAAUGAGGUUGUGGUCAGUCUUAAGAUUCUUGCAGAUUCAUCUUGUGCAUAUUUACUUGGAAGAAAGAUCCACUUGGUUCCAAUUAAGGGCAUGCGGAAUUACAGUUCUAAUUUGUUGCUUUCUUCGUAGCUUCUGAAAUCGUUCUUGUGCUUAUAUAUAGUUCUUACUUGAGUGUUAAGUAAGAAUUCAGACUACAGCAGGGUUUUCCAAAGUGUGGUCUGUGGACCACCAGUAGUUCACAAGCUUCAUUCAGGUUGUCUGUGGCAUGUCCGCAUUAAAUAUUUAUAAUGAUUUUAAUUGUGUUUUUAUUGCCUUUUAUUUCUUGUAUUGUGUUUUAUUGCAUUACAAUUUAAAUUCCUUAGAUAAAAAUGCAAUUAAAAAUUAUACAGCAUCUAACAUAAUGCAUUACAGUUGCUACUACAGGCAGAAUAAUCAUUAAGUAAUUCAACAAGAUGUAACUAUAUUUAUUUAUUAAUAUGCAUACUUACCUACUUCAUAAUGGAAACCUAAUCAUAUCUGCUUUCAAAGCUGUAAAAAUAAAAAGCAGAAGAUUAUUGCCAUCCAUUUUCCUCAGACUGGCAGUAUUUAAAUGAGCCAGCGUGGUGUAGUGGUUAAGAGUGGUGGACUCGUAAUCUGGUGAACUGGGUUUGCAUCCCCUCUCCUCCACAUGCAUCUUGGGCUAGUCACACUUCUCUGAAGUCUCUCAGCCUCACUCACCUCACAGCGUGUUUGUUGUGGGGGAGGAAGGGAAAGGAGAUUGUUAGCCGCUUUGAGACUCCUUAAGAGGAGUGAAAGGGGGGUAUCAAGUCCAAAUUCUCCCUUUAAAUAGGAUUUAUUUUUUAAAAUGUAUUUUAUAGCCUGUCCAGUAUCAUAGUACAGUCAUACCUUGGAUCCCGAAUGCCUUGUGAGUCGAACGUUUAGUUUGCGAAUGUCCAAAUGUCCUACAUGGCUUCCGAUUGGCUGCAAGAGCUUCCUACAGCCAAUCAGAAGCCGCAGCUUGGUUUCCAAACGUUUUGGAAGCCAAACAGACUUCUGGAACAGAAUCCGUUCGACUUCUGAGGUACCACUGCACUGUCAUGUAUUACUAGCAUUACUUGUUAUUGUAAUUCCGUAUUGUGAAACCAUAGAGUAUGGAGGAUCAAAAGACUAAACAGGUUAAUCCCUGGAGGCAGAUCACCUAACUGCCAGCUCCCUAUCUAAACAGCAUCUAUUGAUAAGAUACUUGAGCAGUGGGGGUAAUAUUUCCGUAUGCUUGUUUCCCAUGUUGGUAACUUCUGUAGGAAGCAGUUGUGUGGGUUGGGCAGAGGUAAUUCCUCCUGCAUCGGUUUUUCCAGGCCCCUAGAAUGUGGCAAUAUUGACGUUGUAUUAUUAUUUAUUAAAUUUCUAAUCCACCAUUCAUUUGACGAUCACAGGACAGUUUACAAUAUACCGUAUUUUUUGCUCUAUAAGACUCACUUUUUCCCUCCUAAAAAGUAAGGGGAAAUGUGUGUGCGUCUUAUGGAGCGAAUGCAGGCUGCGCAGCUAUCCCAGAAGCCAGAACAGCAAGAGGGAGCGCUGCUUUUGCUGCGCAGCGAUCCCUCUUGCUGUUCUGGCUUCUGGGAUUCAGAAUAUUUUUUUUCUUGUUUUCCUCCUCCAAAAACUAGGUGCGUCUUGUGGUCUGGUGCGUCUUAUAGAGCGAAAAAUACAGUAAAAAUGCACAACAUAAUAACAAACAAAAACAAUACCCCCCCAGUUUAAAAUGCCAUCGAUAGUUUAAUUAACCCGUUUAUAGCAGGCCCACAACUUAUACACAUUUAACUUGUGCACAUUCAGCUUUACACACAUGACAAAAAUUUACAUUAAUAAGAAGGGGCAGAAAGGGGGUGGGGUUAUGGGGGAAAUAGUUUUGGCAAUCCCACCUGCCAUUGAACCCGUUGAGUUUUGACUGUACGUGAUUCAGGGUUUAAGGUGUGAUCCCUGGAAAGUAACCCCCACGUAAUUUGCAGGUUUACUGUAGUUCAGGGAACAAUCGCUUUCAUAAAACUAGUUUCUCUUGUUCAUAAAAUCUGUUCAUAAAAUCAAAACUGUGAAUGGAGAUUUUGUAAUAGUUUCAAAUAUAAUGUUGACACUCAGAAAUGCAUGCAGUUUAUGCUCUGUAAGUUAUCCAGAAUUGCCAAGGAACUUCUACCCAUCUGUGCAUGCUUGAGAUAAUACCAGGCCUGCUUAUAUAGUCAGUGUUAAUCAAAGCCUCUGUUCAUUGCUUUCCAGUCAUUAAAUAUUUCACAUGUGAGUUCUGUAAGAAUUCUUGAGCGGUUGCUGUCUGGACCCAGAGAAUUGUCCAUUUUUAACAUGUCAUUAAGGCCUAAAACUCUCUCACCACUAUUUGCCUCCAUUCCUCAGACUCCCUUCCUGAAAAGGUUUGUUUAGGCACAGAGAUCUGCCUUAUGUCAUUCACUGUGAAGAUGGAUGCAAAUAAUUCAUUCAAUUUCUCUGCAGUAUUCUCUUCUUCUAGCACACCUUUGACUUCCUUGUUGUCCAGAGGUUCAACCAUUUCCCUAUCUGGUUUCCUGCUUCUAAUGUACUUAAAGAUUUUAUUCUUGAUGGUUUUUAGCAGUGCACUCAUUUGUUUUUCAUCCCUUAUUGUCUGCUUGUAUUUAUUUUGCCUAAGUUUGUGUUCCUUUUUGUUUUCCUUAUUUGAGCAAGACUUCCACUUUCUGAAGGAAGCUUUCUUGCCCCUCCAGUUGAUUCCAUGAUCAACUAUUUUAGGGCACAGUCUAUGCAAGUCUAAUUGAAGUCAUUGUUACAGUGCUUCUUCCUUUGCAUUCCUUCUCUUUACUUUUAUUCUUCAUCUUAAUUAGAAGGGAGGAGGAUGUGGCAUGUGCCAAGUCUAAGGACCAGAUAGAGCAGCCUGGAUGAAAUAUAUGUAACGUUUUUUCUUUCUUUUAGAGAGUUGGAAACAAUAUUCAGAUUGUAGCCUAUGAAAGUAUAGGAAAAGAAGUACAGAAUUUGACACAGUAUACAGAAAUUAUUUGUGAGAAUUUCCUGAGUCAUUCAGUGGCCUGAUAGGCAUGUAAUGACAAGCCAUAAUUAUUAGUAUUCAUUUCAUUUCUCUGCUGCUUUAUAUUUUUAAGAAAAAAUCUCAAAGUUGUUUACAGCAUAUUAGAACAUCAACUAAAACAGACCAGAAUAAAACAUUACCAAAGAAAGACAAAUAAUGUAUAGUACAUUCAAAGCAACAUAAUUUGCCGGAAACUAAAAUAUUAUCUUGAUGCUUUCAGAAUAAAACAUUACCAAAGGAAGUCAAAUGUAAAAUGCAAAUGUUAAAUAUCAUAACUAAGAAUAAAGUAUUAUCAUAAGCACAGAACAUAUUUGCUGCUUUUGCUACCAGUCCUGCCAAUGGUAGUUCUUGGCUGUGGAAGCAUAGGCUCAGUGACCUGGGUCUGCCCUAAGAGACAGCCAAGAUGUUCCCUGGUCUCUUCAGCAUCCACAACUUUUGUAGCUUGAGUCAGUCAGGGUUCCGCCCUUCCAGGAAUUACUGCCAAGAAUUAUGCAAACUAUGGUUUACCAGAAGUGAGGAAGCAUCCUGGUGCACACUGCUAACAUUGCACCUGUCCCCUCCGCCAUUUGCCACACUGUGAGGAAAUAAACUAGAGCUCUAGCAAGCCAUUAUUUGCAAACCAGGGCAGUAGAUCUGAAACUUAAUUCCACAACUUGUUUUCAUGAUUAAAUUUGGCUGACCGAGUUUAAUUUAAGAUGGUGGGCCACUACCACCAUCGUGACAAGCUGAAAGUUGAUAUUGUUUCCCUACAGAAAUCAUCAAGCUGCAGCACUAGACUGCAAUUUCUGCAUGCUCGCUUGGGAGUGAGCCUUCUAAAUAAACAUGUACAAGGCUGAGACUGUCGGACAUUUAAUGUGCUUGUUUUCUUACAUUAAGUGAUCAAAUGACAAAACAUGGCCUGUCUCAUAUUUUUCCAUCACUAGAUACCCUAUACUUUAAUAUUCAGUCUUUAUUACAUUUGAGAGAUAUAAUGGCAUGGAGGCUUUAGUAGUGGCUGAGUAAAUUCAUGGAGGAAACUUCCAUUAUUUUGUGUAUGUUUGGACUGUCACUCCUUGCACUACAUUCAAUCGCAUGCUUUCUGUCCAAUCUGUUAAUUUCCAGAGGUUGUAUUGAGUCAGGAACCAUUUAGUUUUUACUCAGGCACAUGAAAUGUAACUCUGUGGUGGUUUUGGUUGUCUUUUAAAAUAAAAUCUAGCACAGUUCUAUUUCACCCCUCCUAUUUGUGGAAGGAAUCAUAUGUGGGGUAGGAAUGGGGUGGACUGUAGAAAGAAAUCUGUUUGAUCUAAAACUUACAGCUUAACUUGUAAAUUUUGAAGUGACAGGAAGACCAACAACUUCAGUCUUGUCUUUUUCUAUUAAAAUGUAAUUACAAGUAUAAGUUGUUUUGCAUUUAAGAUGUGUAUAAUAGGCAGAAUAAAAAUACUGUAUACUAAAACAAACCAAAGGAGUCCCUGCUCACACAAUGCCAUCUUUUGUCACCUUUGGCUUUCUUCAUCAUGCAAAAUUGAUCAUCUUUCCCUCCCUCCCUCUCUCUAUUUAAGAUAAAGGGCUGUGUCUGUGCUUGUGUUGCUGACCCCAUCUACCUUGCCAAGCACCACUCUUACCCCCCCCCCCCCCGGCAAGUGUUAGAAACUGAGAUAUGAAAACCAGAAGCUAAAUGGCACCUUAAACCUAGGUUAUGGGCGCAACAACGGAAUACCUAGGCACACUUUUUUAAGAACAAGAAUACAAAGCUGAAAAUGAAUGAACUGCAGCUAAAAUAUGUUAAUUUUUAACACGGUACAGUCCUUCCCCUGCCCCCCCCCCCCCAAUAUUUGUAAGAAGAUCUGUUCUCCGGUCUUCAGAGAGUAGCUGGAAGUGGGGAGGCAGAAAAGGUCCUCCUUUCCUUCCACUCUGCAGUUUUAAUCUGAAAUCUUAGGCGCAGUACUGCACCCAGAGCUCAGAAACUGCUUGCACUAAUGAAAUUCCCUGUCGCAAAAUGCGCCUAGAACAAUGCAAGUUUCAAACACUGCCUCCCCCUUUAUGACUCACAACCUCCCUGCUUCCCUUACACUGCAGUGGCAGCCAAUGUGGCAGUGAGUGUGGGGCUCCAUUGCUUUCCUGGCUUCCCAACACUAUGGGCUCCAUUGCUUAACAAGAAGGGGAGGAGCAAGGCAUAGGGAGCUUGAUGCAUCAUGCCAGAGCCAAUCUGACUCUCCUGCCACCAUGCAGUGCCCCAAACUCCUUUUGGCACAUGCCUCCCCCUCUUGGUAAGCAGGAGUGACCUGCAACUGCACAGCAGUUCCCUUCAGUGGUGGAGGGUUAGGAGGGAAGUGGCGGGUGGCAUCAGAGCAAGACUGGGAAGCAGUUCCUGGGGAGCUGCCCUAGUCUAACUGUGCCUCCAUGGUUUGUUGGACCAUUACGUCUCUCUUCACUGCUCCCUGCCACUAAGGGAGGUGGGCUGGUGAGCUAUUGUCACUCUGUAGUUCAUAGCACCACCUGUCUCUGCUCAAGCAAAUUGCAGUGUGGCAACAUCCUUAUGCAGACAAUUUAUAAAGGGUGAAAAAAGGCAUCGUUGGGCAGGAUAUAACAGCUUGAGUUCAUGAUGACUUUCAGGUCCACCUUGACUGAUUGAUUAUGUCACCUUGAGUUUGAGAUGGAUUUUUAUGUCUGCUGCCAAUGCUGUUUGGUUAUUUAUACAUAUUUUCCAACUCAAACUGCCAUGCUUUUUUGCAGUCUAGCUUUCUGUGUUCUUGUCAAUUAUUUAUUCAGAAACUGCGUUUUUCUGUGUGAUUUUGGAUGCUUUGAAAGUGUGAUUAAUAAGGAUUUAAAACUUCCCCAUUGGUCAUUUCCUCAUAAUAGAAGAUGAUGUAAUGUUCAUGAAGUGUAAUGACUACCCUAUUUAAAAAAUAGUUAAAAGUGUACAUAAAUGUUGCCAUAUUAAUUUUAGAUAUAAUUUUAAUUUUUCGCAUACUCCCUGAGACCAUGCUUUUAUAUUAGUUUAGGGAAUAGUAGUGAAAAUAUCUAUGUACAUUGCUAUUCCAAUUUUAUAAUUCUUACUGAAAUAGAAAGCAACCAAUGGCCUUGGAAUAAUCUGUAGUUUAUAGGAAUAAUGAAAACAAUCCAAGAGUUCCCAGAUGAGGCAAUAGAAGAAAAUGAUCUGUUUCGUAGCUAACACAAUGAAGCAAUAAUAGUAUAUACUCAUUUUGAGAUGAAACUUGUUCCUACUUCUCUUCAAGACUCAAAGCAUGUUCAGUUAUAUGUUUGCAUUGGGAAAUAUUACCCAAAGCAAUUACAAAUCUUUCAUAGAGGCAGCAGGCAAGUUGAAGGAGUAAUAAUCAUAAAUGUGCAUUAUGACAAAAAUAAUAAAAUCAAACAGAACUUGACAGGUUCAACUCCAUUAUGCAUUAAGCCUGAAAUUCAGCAUUUUGACUGCAUUAUGUUUCUGGCAUCCAUAAAGGCAGCAACACAAUAAUCAGUGAGCAUCCACAUGCUGUGAAUAUGAUCAGUUACCCCAGUGCUAAAAGAUAUUGAACAGCAAGAGGAGAAAAUUUUGACUUUAGACAUUGGCCCGUUUCAUCCAUUACUCCAAACUAUGGUUUAACAUGAACAAGCAGGCAUGGUUGGUGAACACUGCUCAGAUCUCGCCUGCCCCAUUUCGCCCUAUCCCAAGUCAGGAAGAAACAAAUUAGUGCUGGCUUAGUGCUACAUGUGAACCACCACUUGUGGUUUGUUUGUCUCCAAAUAAACCAUGAGAGGAAUCCAAGAUUUCUUUUUGUUUGGGUUUGUUUUCUCCUGGCUUCAGAAAGGGAAGAGUGUGGCUUGUGUGAUUUGAGCAACCUGCGCUAGCACACUUACUCAUAGACACACCUUGGCUUACAACACAAGACACACCUUGGUUUACAACACAAGAAUGGGCCAUCUUUACACAUCUUUAGCUGCCAGGCGAAAACAUUUCUCAUCACCCAGGCCUUCGGCCACUGAACAAUUUAUGGCCUGUUAAAUGUGUGUGUGGACUGUAUUGCGAUAAUUUUAUUAUUACGCUGAGUAUUAUGUUUUUAUUAUUAUGCUGAGUAAAUUAUGUUCUUAAUGUACACCGCCCUGGGAUCUUUGGAUAAAGUGCAGUAUAUAAAUUGAACAAAUAACUGAAAUAAAUAAAUGGCUUGCAAACUGAGAUUUUCUGCACAACCAGCUCAAAGGUUGUGCAGAAAGAGCCAGUGUGGUGUAGUGGUUAAGAGCGGUAGUCUCUUAAUCUGGGGAACCGGGUUCGUGUCUCCGCUCCUCCACAUGCAGCUGCUGGGUGACCUUGGGCCAGUCACACUUCUUUGAAGUCUCUCAGCCCCACUCACCUCACAGAGUGUUUGUUGUGGGGGAGGAAGGGAAAGGAGAAUGUUAGCCGCUUUAAGACUCCUGAAGGGGAGUGAAAGGCGGGAUAUCAAGUCCAAACUCUUCUCUUCUUCUUCUUCAAAAUUACUGGGGUGGGGGGAAGGCAAAGCGGAUACCUCACAUCCGUUACCUGGCUGUAGGCAGGUGCACAUCAGUUAAUUGAGAACCACACUUUCAGCUUUGGUAAGAACAAUUUCUCAUUAAAUAACCUUCAUGAUCUUCCUAGAAUUAUAAUUACAUCAAUUGCCUUGAAUGAUUGGAAAGGAAGCAGGCACCAGACUUGGUCCAUGUUUUUGUUUCCUCUUUCUGGCUACUCUUUCUGGCCAGGUGCCUAAUAUGAUGACCACUUGCAGGCAGACAGUGUUUUGUCUCUGCAUAGAGAUAAGAUUCUCAGCCUCUAAAUGUGCUGUGUAUUGCCUCUCACAUUUUGCACUUUUGAAUGCUACUGAUGGCAGAUGUGCUUGGGAGUUCAUGAUGUGCUGGUUUUUCACUGUAUAAGGGAUAAGACUCAUUAGCUAAUACUUGUAAACCUAAAAGUCUCAAUAUUUAUUUUAUUUUCCACAAACAUAAUUUCAAAGCUAGAAACUUUAAGUUACUAAAACAAUUAUUAUCAAACAGAAAAUGCAUAUACCAAUUCUUUUCAGAAAUGUUGAUUAGGAAUUGUCAUUCCACUGUUUCAUUUUUGUUUUUUGUUUUUCAGAGAUGCGAGAUAAAAUGAGGAAAUGGAGGGAAGAGAACUAUCGGAACAGUGAGCAGAUAGUGGAAGUUGGAGAAGAAUUAAUUCAUGAAUAUGCAGCUAAGCUUGGCGAUGACAGUAGGUCAAAGCUGUUUCACGUCUCUUGCCGUCUUUAUUCUGUGCAGCUGCUUUCAUUAUUACCUGAUUGAUUCUCCUAUUACACCCUCAAUAUUAUUUUUCUUUUACUUCACUUUUCUUGUGCAUGCUGAUGUAUGGUACGCCCAUAAAGCUCAACAUCUGCCAGUUUUCCUGACUCUUGAUCUGCUUUCCAACUUAAGGGUGUGGGCAGGGAGAUGUAUACCUAAUCGGAUGUAUAGCCUGGCCCGCUAGUCAUGCAAAUACAUUUGAGAGAACCCUUGGCCCAAGCAUCCUUGGCCAAAUUUCACUCAUUGGUUGUCUUCACUCGUUUGAAGGAUGGCUAAGUUUUGAAAUGGAGACAGAAGGUUAUUCCUGAAAUUUAACCAUAACUUCAGCUACGUGAAAUCAAUAUAAGAGUUGCUUUUAUUAUAGCGUUGGGCAUGAGAGUCUAGGGCGUGCCUGGAUUUUCAUUAUAUACAAUAGCUCUACAUCAUUUGGGGAGAUCGUAAGUGCACAAUACUAAUUCUCCCCAGACAGAAACUUGGCACAGAGCAUUUUAUACCAGAAGGGAAUUGUUUAAAAAGAAAGUCACAAUAAUGCAAUACCUCUUUUUAUAUAAGCACAGGAUAAAGCAUCAGAGUGUUUUAUGGCAAGAAAACUGUAUAAAGUUGACCAAGGCUCUUAUGUAGGCAGGAAGGGAAUAAGUAUCAGUGAUUUGUUUUUAAUGAGCUCAUUCUACUUUCUCUUUCUUUCCUUUCUAUAACUUAGUUAACCUAAUUCAGACAGUAUGAGCAGUUCAUUUUUGGCAAAGGUCUCAAAGAUCAGAACGGGUGUACCCUUCUUUAUUUAAUUUUAGGAAGUUUUGGUCUCAGUAACACUGACAUUAUACAAAGAGAGAGAGGGGAGCAAUAUUUCUGAAAUGGGUUCAUUUCUUAGAACACUCGACCAGAGGUCUUUCAGUUUCAUAAGAUGUUGCUAAUAGAUCUCAUAAUGAUGAGCAUUAGAAUAUUUUUUUCAGAGAACAACUUAGUGGCGAAAUUCUGUCCAUUCAGAUGUUACUGAACUACAAUGCCCAUUAGCACUAGCAAGCAUGGCCAAUGGCCAAGGAUGAUGAGAGUUGUAGUUCAGCAACAUCUGGAGGGCCAAAGGUUCCCCAAACCUGGCUUCGGUAUACACCUGAAAGUUGCAUAUAAUAGCAUAGCACAGUCACUUUCUUAUUUGGUUUUGAGAUUUAAAAUUUGAAGUGCCCAAGAAAACAGGCCUGCAUAUGUUGUCUCCCGAGUUUAAUGUAAACUCAGUGGGUGAUAGAAAGGGCAGUGAUCUCAACAGGGAAGUUGAGUGUGCUGUUUUUCAUCGCCUUUCACUUAGUUAAUUUAUAAAUGAAACAUAUUUACUUCACUCGUUUUGUCUUUUCGGAGAAUCACUGACAACAGUAGAUUCCCUAAUUAAUAGUGUUCAUAUGAUGUAUAUGAAUGAAUCCUCCAUAUGUUCCCUGGUGUCAUAUCCAUUUUUGUUUCCAGAGGCUCUGUAGUUUCUAUUCUAAGAAGGCAAUCUGAUUUUAAUCAAGAAGGCAUAGAACAUAAUAGCCACACAUUCACUGAAGUGGUAAAAGCCAAAAUGAGAGUGAUUGUUGUGUUGUCUGUGGAAAGUAGAUUUUCACUGAGGGGCAAUCUGUACCCUCCCAAACCUUUAGUUUUUACACAGAACAAUUCUAAGUAUGUGUGUAUCACAGAAAUUUGUACACUUGUCUAUUUCAUGUGAAUGGCUUUCCUCUUGAAUGCCAAACACUCUCAGUAUAAUAGGGUAGUUUUAUUUAUUAUUAUUCAUUGUCACUUACAAGAGCAUUAUAUGACAGUAUAAUAUACAGCUUCAGUCAACAUAAUACACUUUAUUCAUACAACCAUUCACCCACCCAGUCUCACUCACUCGCUCACUCACCUCAUCAGGCAUAAAUUAAACUCAGUUUAAACAUAUGUACCCACCAUAGUGCUGUAUCUCCUUUACAUUUUUUUUCGCUUUGUGCCACCACUGUCAAAAUUGGUGAUAUCUCUGGGAGCUACAAAAAAUUGCUUGGGGUCCUGCUCCAGCUCUCAGGCCAGGGUUUAGCCAUCCCUGACGUAAAGGAAAAAUUGGAGAAGAACAGAGUACCAGAAUUGGUGAAAGUGUCCCCUAAAAACUGUUGUUCUGCCAAACCACCAAAGUGCUUUUUGAAAUCGGGGGAGCUGUGAAUCAUUUCCAUAGUUGGUUUGUUAUCAUAAAUAGCUAUUCUGGUGUAGUAGUACUGUAUUGCAUUGUAAUAUGGAACACUUUACAAAAAUGCUUACGCAGCAUAAGCGAACAGUAUAGCUUUUAAAAGUGUUGAGUAGCACAUAUUAAUUUUGAGCACUAAUUAUGACAGGUCCAGGUUUCUAUGAGAAAAAAAGAGAAUGUAAUUUGUUUUAGGUGUUUUGAAAAACAUACUGCCUCAUUUCAUAUGACAGAUGCAUUUUUGUGUUUCCUAGUCUGGAUAAUAUACGAGCAAGUGAUGAUUGCUGCAUUGGACUGCAGUCGGGAUGACUUGGCACUGGUAAGUAGUCCAGCUGACCUCUGCUGCAAAUGUAGUGGCUUGGAACACUGCUUACCGCAAAGGAUUCUCCCAUUCGCUCCUCCUCCUGCAGCUCUCUAUGCCCCCUGAAAAGCUGCUCCUGAAGCUUGAGGUACCCUUUGGAAUGGCAUGGUGUGCAACAUAGAGGGCUGCAGCAAGAGUGGGAAUUGGUGAAAUCUGGAGAGGCUGCCUUGAGUGAGAGGAAGCACCUUUUUAAUUUACACAAUGGGGAACUUUUCUGGGUAAUUUUGUGGAGGUGCAAAUAGGUGGUUCUGGAUGGUCAGUUUAUAGCACAAUGUGCUUUUGGGGAGCUAGACAAUCUCUUCCCCCCCCCAGUGGUUUUGUAUUGCAUUUGUCCAGCACUCUACUGCAAAAUUCUGUUGCAAUUCUUUUGUUGUCUUGUGAAGUUCUAAAAAGUUUUGUGUUCUUCAAAGAUUAAGAGCUCAUCUUACUGUUCCUCAUAGGCAUGGAGGUGUCUUUAAGAAUAGAAUGAUAGGUUGGUAUUCAAUGAAAUCCUACUUAGAGUAGACACAUUGAAAUUACUGAACUUAAAUUAGUCCUGUCCAUUUACUUCAGUGGGUUUGCUUUGAGUAGGACUCAUGUUGAAUGCCACCCAUAGUAUUUCUCAGCAUAUCCUUCCUUUCCUACCACCACUAAGUUAUGGCCUGGCAUUUCUGUAGUAAGCUGCUUUUAAAAGUUUACUAAUUUUAAUUUUGUGCACUCUUCCUCUUCAGUGCUGGAGUGCAUAUUUUUCCUAUUUAUUUUUAAGAAACAACUAACAACUGUCACGUUCCAUCAUGAGAAAUCUAGCUUCCAUUUUAUACUGAUAAACUAUUGCAGUUUAGGUCCUUCAGUGAGGCUAGCAUGAACACAAGCAUUAUGGGAAAACAAAUACUGAGACUUUUUUUAUUGUGUAGACCUGGAGGCUUGUAGAACCUUAAAUGAAAUAAUGCCUACACCAAUAUUUUGCUUAUAAUUAUCACAGGUCUUUCAAAAGUUCUAAAAAUAUUUACAGCUACAGUACUUGGAUACAAGCUGGGUGCCAAAAUAAUAUGUUAGCUGCUAUGUUGUAAAGAAAAUGUUGAUACAGAAUCUCAGUGUAUGUCAACUUUUCAAAUGAUUGAAAGGUACCUCUCUCAAUCUACUGAUUUUUUUGUGCCAUCUACAGUAAAUGUUUUGCAUGUGGGUUUCAUUGCAUAGCUGCUACGGAAAUGUUUGUAUUAUGGAAAUCCUUUUCGUUUUGGUAAAAAAGGAGGAGACCUACAAACUAGGGAAUUUGAUACUUUUCCUCUAACCAGCAACUUCUGGUGAAAGAGCUAUGUAAAUGUUCGAAUUACGUAUACAGAAUUUUCUUGCUGAAAGUUUGUUCCUUAGUUUGGCAGUGGAUGUGAGCUCAAGGAAAAGUAUAAAGGGAAUGUGAGAAAAAGAUCAUUUAUGAAUUUUUAAGCUAAUUGUAAUUUCAAGAAUAAGAGAGUUGUUUUUCUUUAUCAAUACCUUAUGAACACAGUUUUGGAACAAUUUUAUUAUAUUAGAAUAUCUCAUUCUGAUAUCUCAAAUAUGACUGGGUUUGUAGAAAGUGAGAUGCAGUUAACAUCACUGUUCGUUCAGGAGAUCUUGCCAGUAUCACCCAAUAAAAAGAAAGCCAUGAUAGAAUCAUGGAGUUGGAAGGGGCUUGUAAGCCAUCUGUUUCACUCCUUCCUUGAUGAGAGAAAUCCAGAGCUAGAGCAACCUAGCUAUCCAACCUUUGCUUGAAGACUUAUGGUGGGAUAGAGCCCAUUCCCUAGGUAUGGUUCUACUGUCAUAAAACUUACUGUUAAGAGUUUCCUAAUUUUCAACCAAAAUCUGUCCUACCAGCUGUAUAUAGAGCAAGAUGUGGAGAAUGAUAAGCAUGUUUUACAACAUAAAGGGUUUUUUAGAAGGGGGACCCUUUUGUAUUGCAUCACUUUACCCAUGCACUCAUAUCCUUUCUGUUGUCAGUGGAAACCACUUUUGAAAUAUUUCAAAUAAACUAGGACAGGGUUUUUGUGUAUAUGUAAACUGAGUUCAAGAUGGCCUGAGGUGAUAGUAAAGGAAGUAGGUUUAUUUUUCUUUGAAAUUCACAGUUUAAUAAAGUAAAAUAGCUUUUUAAAUCAAAAGUAGUUGGUCUUCUUGUAAUUAGAACCCAGAAAUGAACCAAAUCAAACAGUCUCUGAUUGCUUCAGGGGCAGUGGGUCUGUCCAUGAUGGAAGGCUGUUUGAUCCAGUUGGGACUCUGGUGAUUUUCACAUACUCACUAUAAUCCUUGGAAGUCCCAUUCUCUCUCACACACUCCUCAAGGGCACAGCGGUGGGGGAAGCCUCACUCUCCGUGUUCGGCUGAUGGAGUCCUCUGCUGGAUCAAGGAGCCAUCCAUCAAUAGUGGGUCAGCGUGGGAUACAACUCAGUUGACUUCAAGCCACAAAGGGCACUUUCGCUUCCAAGUAAUGCCCCAGGUUUAAUAGCACCCAAACUGUGAAUCUGAUCUUUUAGGGAUAGUGUAACCCCAGAAUGAGCAUCACCCCCCCACUGCAGUUUCAGCUUAUUGUCCCCCAACUGGUCCAUUGAUGAUUGCAGGCAGUAAUUUAGCACAUCUGCAGCUUCAUCUGGAUAUGAUAAAAUAGAGAAAUAAUGAUGACACCUCACUCAGCAUCUUCUUUUGAUAGUAUCAGGACAAAAUGGAGUCUUGUGGAUCACCAUAGUGUGAUCUUAUACUAUGGAAGAGUAAUAAUAUUUUGGGUACCAACUUCUGGAACUGAUUGUCAAGAUAGGGACAGAAGCCUGCAUGCAGUGCAAUUCCUCCAGUUCUGACCCCAGAUGGUUCGUCCAGAGGGGAUACCAUGGUUACUGGUAUCAAAGGCUUCUGAGAAGGCCAGGGGAAUCAACAUGGUUGCAUGUUGUCCACUCUCACCUGGAAUAACAGUUGCCAAAGGUAGUGUUGUACCAAACCCUAACGUGAAAUCAUAUAUAAAUAACCUGCUUCAUCCAAGAGGCCUUAGAGUUGUAUGGCCACCAUCCACUGGAGCACCUUAUCACAAAAAGGCAUAUUGGUAACUAAUUGGUAUUUGGCACAGUUGUCUGGGUCUGGUGGGCCCUUCUCCAAGAAUGGUUGCUCAUAUUCUUCUUUAACAUGCAGCUCACAGCGAAUCACAAACGCCAGGACCCAACCAGCCAGCCGACCCAACCUUGGUUGCUCUUAUAAGUCAAGAUGGGUGAGGAUUAAUCCUAGAAAGUUUUGCUGUAAGGGUGCCAGCAUAAAGUAGUUACCUUCAAAAUCAUCCUUAGUUCCCUGUGGCUUCACAGGAUCAACAAGAAAGUUUGAAGGCAGAAAGUUGCAUUAAACUUCUAUGUUGCGCUGAUGGUUAUCAUGUUUUCAUAUGUGGUAGUGAAGUUAUCUGAAAUAUUUUAGAACACAUAAUAAAAAUAGAUAUGAAGAACAUUUCCCUUUGUUUUACUGAAGGGUUUCCUAAGGGAACCAACAAACAAAUUCACACCUGUUUUUUUUUAUAAAAAAAACACACUAAUAAUUGCUGCAGUAGUUUUAAGUUUGAACUUCUGGCCCCAAAGUGUCCUAUAAGAAACACAGCAUGAUGCAAGCACUGUGACUAUUUGGUCUCCACACCGAGAACAGUUUAAAGGCUUAAUGAAAACUUAUGCAAGCACUGUGACUAUUUGGUCUCCACACCGAGAACAGUUUAAAGGCUUAAUGAAAACUUAUGAUUUUUAUUGUUCCGCAUACUUAGUUGAAAGGACAUUCAAAAUAGCCAUAAUUCUGACUAAUCUUUUGCCACAGCUGCAAGCACCUGAUACCAGAAUGGGGUUUGCGCUCUUAACUUCCUGACUAGGAAACUCAACAAGUGUGAGGCUUCUGUUAUGAAAAAAUAGGUGCCAUUGGUUCCAGAUGAAGUGUUUUGCAAUUUCUAUUUGCUAUUCAUCGUAGUUUUUAGGACUGUUUCUACCACAUAAUGGCUGUUCAUAGCUUGUUGCAGUAUCUCUCUCCCUCCAUGCAUGACCUUAGUUCACAAAUAAAGAUCCUUCGUUUGAUAGACAGUGGCAAAAGAGCACACCAUGAGGUCAAAUUCACGGCUGCUUGGGACAGCCAUCUGCAAUACUUGUGUGUGAAAAGAUAGUGUCUGCAUUUUCUUUGCCUUAGAUGAAAGUAGAACCUUGUUUGCAGUUGCCUUUAAUAUUUAUUAUUCAUUUCCUUUCUGGCUGCCCUCCCCCUUAAAUGAGAAAAUUGAAUAGAAGGGGGGAAAGUAGAAAAGUCUGUCAUGAGUUUGAGCUACCUUAGUUAAAUACAAUUUGUGCAGGGUCUGAAACCAUACUUCUUAGAAUACUCGAAUGUGCCCAUUUUAGAGCGUUGACACAAAAUGUAUACCAAAGGGGACAAUAAGCUAGAGGGGAAUAUCCAGCACAACACCUUCUAGAUAUUGUUGAACUUCGUUUCCCCUCAUCACUGACCAUUUGCUGUGUUGGCUGGGGCUGAUGGGAGUUGGGAGUUCCAACAUUAAACAGAGUAUCACAAUUGCUACCCCUAGAGUUGAUUUGCAAGGAACACUUCCUUCUUUGUUAUUACUAAAACUUGGAUACACGUUCUUGUUAACCUUCAUUGGCUAUUGCCUUCUAUCACCUUCCUUUGGUACAUCAUGAUUGCUUCGUCACUGUUCAAAACAGUAAUAAACUGUUCAAAAGUCACUUUCUAGGUUGUAGAUUUAGUCAAUUAAGGGCUUAAUUUCUCUGCAUUGCAUAACUCUCCACAGGAGUGCAAAUUGCAUUAUGUGGUUGAAGCUCAAAAGAAUUACCUUGUUUAUAAAUUGUAGGGUUGUUUGGGAGUGGGGUGUCUUUUUUUUUUAACUGACUACAGGAUAUUUUUGUAGCAUGAAACCUGGGUUCUGUCUAUGUGUCCUGGUAUCUCUCAAAACAUUGCUGAAGAAGUGUUGAUAUGGUACUUUAGUGUUGUGUUAAGCGAGACUGCUGCCAAAUGAGCUUCUCAGUUACUGUUCUCAAAUAAACAUCACUCAGAUUUUGGUUUCCAACUUGAAAGAAAACUGUGUUUUUUACCUCCCCCUUUUUCUUUGUGUUAUUCUUAAAAAUACAGUUUUGUCUUCAAGAGCUAAGACGGCAAUUCCCUGGGAGCCAUAGAGUUAAGCGGUUAACAGGCAUGAGAUUUGAAGCCAUGGAGAGGUAACUACAUUUUAAAAAAUCUUUUCCAGACACUGCAUUAAAAAAAAAUCUGCCACAAUCAACAUUUCUGUGAAGGGAGUAAAUUCUGUGCACAUGGAGAUAGGAUUGUCACUUGUAUACAAAUAAAUUUUAGCAUGGAAAUAUUUUAGAGAAUUUGAUAUAGUUGUUACAUAAGACACUUUAAAAAAUUUAUGUACAUAGUUUCUAAAAUGUAUUAACCACCUUAGACUACAAUAACACAGUCACUUUCUUUCAGUGGUGGUCCUUCUUCAUAAAAUAAUUUGAUCUACUCCAGUGUAGAUUUGGAAUAUUGAGGAUUUAUGUUUCUUUCUAAAUAAGUCUCUUUACUUUAGAUUUUAUAGAAGCAGUUGAAAGCAGACAUUUCUGAUAGUGAAAUAAAUGGGACCCUAAAGGGACUCUUAGCUUCACACAGUUAUAAUCAUAAACAGGUCCUCAGUAUUUUAAAUCUGCUGCCCAGAUUUGGGCCAUAUAAAAUUCAUUAAAAUGUUUCUGGAGAUGACAGUGGUAUGUGUGAGAGAGACAAACUUGAUAAAGGUGGGGGGGUGAGAGAAGUUGAGACCUCUUAAAGUCAUUUUUUAAUUGUUGUUGGCAUCUGUCUGGCCUGAGAAACCAUAGAGGGCACCUCCGGGAGUGAAGUCAAGUUGCUGGAAAAUCACAGCGCCUGCUGUGGCUGCAGAGAGCAGUAACUUGUAACUGCUGCAUCUCACAUUGUUUUUGCUACUUUAGCACCACCGCAGUGACCUCUCUGCAGGGUGCAAGCCUGGGCAGUGUGUAUGGAGGUCCUGGGCAACAAGACUCUUCUUGGCUUUGUUUAUGUGUUCCAAAGGAAAGCAAGCAAUACAUUUGGCUCCAACUUGGCUGCAGGAGUUGACGGAAGCAGGCCAUCCAAGAUGCCACCCAACCGUCUUAGGGACUCCACUCCCAAUUUGCUUAGGGUUUACUCUUUAGGCUUUUUUUCUCCCAAAGAUGUCCCACAAGGCAGCAGGUAGCAUUCCCAUAAGGAAAUUUAGAUUGUAUGUACUGGAGGUAAAAUAGAAUGUAAGCAUGUGACAUGGCUGCCUGCUUUCCCGCAAGCUGGAGUUCCCCUUGCCCCAGUGUUGUCUUUAAUACUGGGUCUGGAAUAUGGCAAAGGAAAGCAUUUGAAAAUGUGACAUAUGUUUGAAGGCUGUUCUUUGAAAGGAUUAUCGGUACAAGAGAGAAUAUUCUGGUGAUGAAGAAGAGAAGCCAUGCUUCAGGGACAGAGUGGGCCAGAAUCAACUUAUUUGUUCUGCUAGCAGAAACCAGAGCAAGGACUCCCAUGAGUGUAACAGGGCUUUCUUAGCUCUCCUCCCCAGUCUUCUUAUCACUAUAUUGAAUUCCACCCAAAGUUUCAGUUUAAAUUAUUGGCAUCUCUGUGAGAAGGGCUUUCUAAAUUUUGCAGAGUGACUGCUAAUCAGAGUAUAUAGUACUGACAGAGUGGAUCCUUUGAGUGAUCCAGAAUCUUGAAGCUCUUUCCUUUGUUGUCUUGGCCAGAAAGUAAAGCUGAUGAUAAAAGUAUAUUUUUAUUCAUUUUUAAGAUUCAAAGCCCAUUACUUUGAAAUCAAAUGAUGUUCAAGACAGCUUAGAACAGUUUUUCAGUAAUGGAAAACAAGAAACAAACCCACCCAUGGAGUUACAUCAUCAUUAUCAUUUUAGUUGUAUCCUGCCUUCCCAUAGUUAAAAACUAUGCUGGAGGCAGCUUACAACAUGAAAGGAUUUACAUAAUUAUAAAUAUAACAAAAGUAAUCACAAACGAUACAGAAAACACAUUGACAAGUACAACCAAAUUUGAACACAAUGAGUAAGAUGUUGAACAGAGUUUGCCAUCCAGGUUGAAUCACGUGCAAUGAGUUGCACAUGCAGAGGGGUGAGUUUUGAAUCUUGAAUAUAUUUCCAUUCAGUUUAAUGGAACCUGGUGUGCACCAGUUGUGUCCCUGUGCGUCUUUUGCUUGGUUGGGGUGAAAGGCUCUAUAUGGAGUUGCUAGAGCUGUGUUGAAUUAAGCUGCAAAUAUUUUGUUUAUGCCUUAUAACAGGUAUGAUGAUGCAAUCCAGCUAUAUGACAGGAUUUUACAAGAAGAUUCAACUAAUACUGUAAGUUGAACAGAUAAAUGACAUUUGAGUGACAUACUUCCUGCCAGUACUGUUGAACUUCCUGGGUUAAAAUUUUUGAAGUGGGAAAUAUCUGACAUUUGAAGUGGGAAAUAUCUGAAUUUAAUAUAUUUCUUUGAUAGUGUACUGAGUUUAUAUCAAUGUUUCUCACCUCUACCAAUAUAUGUAGCACAUUUCAGAAGGCAAAUUAAAGAACAACAGUAGUUCAGUGUAUUAUUUUUCAACUCUUUCCAGUUUGUUUCCAGUUUGCAAUUUUCAGUUGUUAUUUUUUUGUGAGGGGGAAGUGAAGUAGAUCUGCACAGUGCUGAAACAAGUAGAAAAAGUGUUGUCGUGUUUCCCAAUCAGAGAUUAAAACAGUUUCAAUUUCCAUGGCAAAUAACUGAAAAUCUGGCCUGAAUCUAGGGAUGCCCUUCCAAUCUCAGAAGGGCCUUUCAUCCAGCAGUAUUCAGCAGAGGUGAGUGAAAUGGGGAGAGAUAGUUCUCACUGUCCUUCCCACCUCCCUACCAUAGUCUGGACUAAAUGACUGGAGAACACUCAAAAACAGCGUGAGAGGUAGUACAUGGAUUUAUAGCGAGGAAGGUGAAUCAAUGAACAUUGUCUCCUUUCUGUUUGUUCAUGGAAGGACACCUUUGGCUCCAGCCCUUUGUUCUCAGGAAUCUAUCUGACUAAUUUUCUUGUUCAGUUUAAUUUAAAUGGGCCCAGCCUUCAGUUUAAUAUAAAUAGUCAUAGCCUUCCAUUUUAUAAGUGGAUUAGAGAAGACAAGGUAUGUAUUUAUUUUUAGCUUUUAGGGCUAGUCCUUCUAAUGAAGAUGAUAGAAUGUGUACUCAUGCUCAUUUUACCUGUCUAUGUUAACUGUAAAAUGUUUCCUGGAAAAUUUUAGCACUCAAAGUCGGUAACUUUGAUUGGAGGCUUAAUUUCCAUGUUCUUGGAUUAGCUGUAAAUGAAGAGACAACUUUAUAGGGCCAGUUAUUGUUUGAAAGGUUGGAAUCAUGCUUUCCUAUUACUAGAUUGGAGGUUUAAAUGUGAGUUUUAUUUAACCAUAUUUUUUCCCUUUCUGAGUUGAGACAGAGAAGCAGCUGUAAAUUAAAAACAGUGGGUUGAUUGGAACUUUACUCAUGUAGCAUUGGUCUUAAAAAUCUUUAUUGGUUUGGGAGAAAAAAAUGGAUCUAAAUAAUCUUGUUAGCUGAAAAUAAAUGGUCCAAAUUGCAGACAGUUUUGUAGCCUUUUUAAAACAAGUCCAGCUGAACAUGGUGAACCAAAAGUAGUAAUUUUGAUGAAAAGCAAAACUCCCUUCAGUGCAUUCUUAAUAUGAGUAGUUGUCAUAUUGGGGCCAGUUGAAAAUAUUGUUUAAUUUGAAUUCAUGCAUUAUGCCAGUUGCUUUGUAGAGAACAUGAUUUUUUAAUAGUCCAGGAAGAUAGGUAAUAUGGAAAUGCAUUCACAUGCUGGCUACAAGGUUGUAGAAAAUUAUUUUUUUCAUACUAUGUGUUGUGACAGAUAUCUAUUGGACAAUGAAGCCUCCAAUAAACAAUAAGAUAUAAUGCCUCUGGAAACAUUUUUAAAAUGACACUGUUCAUUUCACGCCCAUCUUUGUACUUUGUAUUAUUUCUGCUGACUAUGAAUCCUCUCUUACUGUUUCCAAAAGCAUCCUAAAUUUGCCAGACAGUAAUUCUGAAAAGAGUACUAUUACAUAUUGAAAUAUUAGAACAUCUGAUUACUUGCAUUUCUUACGCUUCUUAAAAUUUGUACAAUGUUGAAGAAAUUCCUAUUCUUUAGGUACUGGCUAGUUUGAUUUUUGUAUUCUAAAGAAUGAAGGUUAGGUAGAAAGUUUUGAUAAAUUGUCAGGUAUUGGAGUUGUUUAUAUGUCAUCUACCUGUUAAUUAUUUCCAUGUGCACAUAUGGCUGCUGUAGGAAAAUAAAUGCUUCAUGGUUUUAAACUGAAACUAUUGCUGAGUUUGUCUUGGCACUAACUUGAGCUUAAAGCAGUCUCUUCUGGUGUGCUGACACAUGGAGUUGCUUAGAUAUAUUAAACAUUUUCUCUUGUUUGGCAAGUGAAACAUAGACUUUUGUUCACAUAAGUCAUGUAAAAAUCAUGCAUUGCAGGAGCUGACAGUUUGAAACAGGAAAGAUAGGGGCUGCACAAGGAUUAAAAACAACUUUAAUAUCCAACAGCUUUUUCCAUUAGGGUACAGAGAGUUGUAAACUAGGUUAUGUAAUAGAAAAGUGCAUCCUAGCGCCAGUCAUUAUUGCAUUCUACAGCUAUGAAAUGAAGAUGGGAGCAAACAUUUUAGCAUUUGUUAAGAGCUGCUUAAGUAAGACUUCAGUUUCUAAAUUAAUAUGAAAGGGUCAUUUAAAACCUUAAAUUAAAAAUGAGGCACUUGAAAGUCAUAGUUCAGGUGCUAUGCAAGGACCAUGUAGCCUUGACAUGUGGUGAAAAAACAGUUGUGAGCAAUAUGUCUUAUGUAUGUCCAGGUUCUGUUAUACUCCAUUAGCUUCAGCCAGUUGAAUCCUUGGAAAGGAAUUCAUCUCUUCCUCCAAGCUCUUGAUGUGCGUCUUUUAGAUUUCCAGUUUGAAAAUUCACUGCACCAAGAGCGUUCUCCAAAAAGUGAUCCUGAGUUACUGGAAAAAAGCAGAUGAAGUUGGGUUCUGAAAGUCAAUCAUAUCAGGAGAAACUGAGUGAGUGAGAGGAAAUGAGUGCAACAUUUGGUUUCCCAUAUCUCCUGGUCUUCUGGAAACGAGUCAUUGCUUCCUACCUCCCUAAAAAGUUUCAGUCAUUUCAGUUAGAGAAAAUCUUUCAAUAUUGUGUACCCAUCAUAAUGCAUGGAUCAACAAAAAGGAGGUGAUAAUCCUUUAAAAUGUUUAUUUACUAUAUGAAAUUGAGAUAUUACUUUGUUUUUCAAUGUUUAACAAAUAUAAGCAACAACAAUUAUUAUAGUAAAACGUGGAAGUCCUAGCACUGUGUGUUACAUAUACUGCUGUGUUUCAGGGUUUUUUAUGCUUAACACUGGUUUUCUGACAUGCUAAUAAUUUUAGUAAAUUGAGAAGUAUUCAGGUCUCAGUUGUGCUUUCCAGUGUUCUUCAAAUUCAUUGCUUUACAAAUUCAUUUUUGGAACAGUUAACAUAUAAAGAAGAAGCACUUGUAUAAUAUAUUUUUAUAAUUAAGGCAUAAUAAAGAUUCUGAGUAAAAGGAGACCAUACUCUUUCAAAAUGUUCUUUGCUUUGUUUCUCUCACAAAGCAAGGAGGACAGAUGAUUUUAAAAAAUAUAUAUUACAGAUAAGAUUAAGACUCCUCCCUGUCUUAAUUAAUGGCAUUAAUGUAUGAAGCAAGUAUGUUAUUUCAUAGUUGGGGACUUUGCAAAUAAGAGGGAGUAAGUAUGAUAAUCUUUUAAAAGUCUAGAAUCAAAUAUGUGUUAGAUUCAGAUGUACAUGCAUAUUAAACUUCAGUAUUGUAUCCUGAGUAUUUAGAAUGUAGACUGACUGUUUCAGCUGUUGCUUUUUGAUGUUCCUUUGGUGAACUUACUUGCUUUUUAUUUCAAAUGUUGGUCACAGGACAGAUACUGGUCAGUGGGUGCUGAACACGGAAAUAUUGUCCAAAUUGUAUAACAAAAAUUAUUCCAAUAAGCCUAAACUGGUCACUGUCUGUAUUAAGACAUUUAUCCAAAGAUCUCAGGGCGGUUCACAGCAUAAAGAUACAAGUGAUCAGGAGGGAAUCUUUACCCUGUCACUGUUAAUGUCAAGCAAAUGUACUUUUACUGACCAGUCCGCAACCACCAGUUCAGUGACGCCAACAGUGGCUGUGAUAUGCAAUGGUACUGCUUUACAUUGGAGUUGGGCUCUUUGAUUUUAUGAGCUACUUUGCCAUCAUCAUGCAUGCAGGUACACGUGUGAUCUGUGUUCCAUGCCAAGGAGCUUUCUUCCUUUGGCAACACUUCUUUUUAAUACACGUAUCCUGGAGGUUUGCCAUGAAACUAUCGAGUCCAAAGUAAAAAAAAUCCUCACCCCAGCAUAAUGGUAUCUUCCUUAACCUUACAGAAAUCCAGAGGAAUCCAGCGUUCCAUCUUUGGAGAAAUAACUUAAUCUUCACUUUAAAAAGCAAUGUUAUGAGCAAUGUUAAGAAUUACAGGUUUACAUAUUUUCUGCUUUGUUUUGUGUGUUUUUUUCCUUUUAAAUUCAAUCUAAAAUGUAGCAGAGUUCUUUCUCAUGAAAGUCAUCACCUUCAAAAUCCCCUCCUGGUAAAAGCUCGUUCCAAAUUUAGUGUCAGUUUCUCUUGUUAAUCAAAUGCAGAAGUUGACACAUGUUCAAAUCCUCACUUCACUUUGAGUCUACUUAAGGCUAUUAUUAUUUUUUUAAAAAAAAGAAUCAUGACAAAUGGAGGAUUAGUUCUUGAGCCAAAUUGGGGAUUAUUGGCCUUUUUUAAACGAAUAGUUUGGAAUGGUUCAUUGUUUAAUAAAGAAAUAUGGGAUAUACUAAAGCACCUUGGCUCAUUUGAUACUAAUUAUAGCAUAAGUGUUCCUUUAAGAUGACCUAUAUCUUUCCAUUAAGAAUGAUGGCUUUACAGAGCCAGCCAGUAAUCUCUGUAGGGUUUUGUUCCGAAUGCUGGGAAAUGGAUAGGGGGAAAUUCUAUGUCACCAGUUCUGCACGGUCAAGCAAAACGGAUCUGGUUGCAGACACAUUUUGACCAGGUCCUGAAGUACAUUUUGAAUGAAAAGCCGGGGGGGGGGUCCUCUUGUAUGUCAGACUAGUUCUCAAGAAUCUCUUGUUUUGAGAUGAAUUCCAAAUACUUUUACAGACACAUUCUAGCUUAUUGAAGUGAAUCAUUUUCUCACUUUCCUACCCACCUAGUGAAGAAUACUAUCUGAAUACUUUUCCGCUGGUGGCAAUUCCAUGAAUCAGUUGUCAUACAAUUAGAGAUGAAUGGGUUUCCUUUUUCUGGUUAUUUUAAAAAUAUAUAUUGUUCUACAUUUAAUGCAACAGGUAAUGGAAUACAUAGUAGGGCAGAAAUAAUAGUUUCUGUUGAAAUGAUUAGAUGAUAGACAGGUUUGAUCUCAACAAGAAUUUCUGCAGGUUUUAAAAAAUUAUGUGAAGCUUGAGUUAAACAGUACUGACUUUGCUUGAAAAGACUAUAGACAGUCGAGGUUGGAGCAAGUAUGCUAAGUAAAUUGCAUCACCUAAAUAUCAUUUUAAGUAUUCCAAACAGUUUUAGCUAAAUUCAUUAUACUACUGGAAUAGGAUAAAAAGCCUGUUCUUCAAACCACCGUCAGUAAGCCAAGAACAAACCUUGGCCAUAGGUUCAGACAUAACACUAAGCAAGGGAUUAUGGUUUGUUUCUCCCCAGCAUUAGUGGGGAGGAGUAAAGUGGGUGUGAUUGGCUCGUGAAUGACCAACUGUUAACUGUGAUUUAUUGUGAUGUCUGAAUGCUGCCAGUUUGUAUGUCCUAUAAUAUAGGAACAGUAGGUUGUGCCUUCUCUUUAAGUAUGGAUUGUGCAAAGAAUACUGAACUGUAGUUCACAUCAGACCUUUUAUGCGUGUUUGUGUGUGUAGGGAGGGAGAGAGCGAGAGCGAGAGCGAGAAUAGUUAUGGCUUUUUCAAUACAGCAGUUAGUUUUCAUUUUGGAAAUUGCAGUGUAUGAAAUAGCUUUGAUUCUCUAAACCUGCCAGUCAAUUCCAUGUUUUUUCAACUAGAGGGUAUCCAUUCUUCCAUGAGGGAUGGUGGAUAGUAUAAUAGGAUGGGGCACAAACCAUUUUACGUCUGUUUCUGGCAGUAUACAGUGGUGCCUCGCAAGACGAAAUUAAUUCAUUCCGCGAGUUUUUUUGUCUUGCGGUUUUUUUCGUCUUGCGAAGCACAGUGUCAAGAAAGUUUUGGAAAAGCUUCAAAAAUCACCAAAGUCUUUAAAAACCUCAAAAAAGGCUACCACACCGCGUUCUAUGAGUUGCUCCUCGAAGUCAAGUCGCAACUGUAUUAACGGUGUUAAGAAAAAGGAAAUAAACUUGCAAGACGUUUCUGUCUUUCGAAGCAAGCCCAUAGGGAAAAUCGUCUUGCGAAGCAGCUCAAAAAACAAAAAACCCUUUCGUCUAGCGAGUUUUUUGUCUUGCGAGGCAUUCAUCUUGCGAGGUACCACUGUACCUAUAAGCAGUCAGGGCUCUAGAUGUUUGGAGCUAUGAUCUGACUUGGAUUGUUGAAGGAGAUGAACGGCGUCACAUAUUUAGAGGGGUGUAAUAAAUGCUUGAUUACUGUGGAGUCUCUUAAAACUGGUGAUAUGCAAGCCAGUUGGCCAAGCACAGAAAGGUAUUUUAAGUUAUAACAACAGAAGAUCUAUCGAGUUCAGAAUUUUACAAAGUUUCAAAGAAAAGCCCCUUCAGUAAUAACAUAACAUGGGCUUUCAGUAUAGACAAUGUAACUUAAUAUAUCGCUAUCUAAUGCAAAUAGACAAUAUAACUUUAAUAUAUUGACAUAUAGCAGUAGUGUUUCACUACUCAAAACAUAUUUUGAAGGGGUGUUUUUAAAAAAAUUAUUUUUGAGGUGAUUGAGGUUGCAAAAAGAAGGGGGGCAUUGAACAAUUAAAAUUCCUGGAGUUCAAGAAAGUUGCUUGGUUGUAGAGCAAGGAAUUCCAUCUACUGCAUGAUACAGGUGACCUUAGAACCUGGUAUUACACACUCUCGACCAAACUUUGUAGUCCUCUGAUGUGAUCAAAUGUCUGCUAGGAGUUCGUGCAAGAUAAUGAUCAGUUUAUACAUGUGCUCUAGAAAAGGAUAUAAGGUUUCCCUUAGCAGGAGGCUUAGGGGUCUGAAUGGCUUCUGUUGUGUGGGAAUUCUGUGGUUUACAAAUAGAGCAGCAGCCGCUGGAAAGUCUGAUUCCAAACCAUUUGAGGAGGCCCUCCUUGUGUGUUUCUGAAGGAAUGGCAUUCAGAGGUGGAAAGAAAGAACCCCUCUCAUGGUAAUGAACUGUCAGCUCUGCGGCUGUAAGUGAAGUCAGUUUUUUAAAAGCUGGAUCAGUUGGCUCGGUAAUUUGCCUGAUGGCUUAUGUUCCCAGACUAAAGUUUUAGGGUGUGACUCUUUGUUUCCCUAUUAUGAAGUUGUUAAUUUGAUGAAACUGCCGCCAGGUAACUUGAAGGUGAAAUAGUUGUGUUAGGGGAAACUGAAAUGUUACAAAAUUUUGUGUACUGUCAGAAAACCUUCGUACAGCAUUGUUGUCAUUUGCAACAAGCAGAGGCAGCUUCAGCAAACCAAGAUGUCUAUUUAGUUAUGUAAUGCUACUUUAAAUAUAAUAUUUUUUUUCAAACCUGGGGGAAAUUGUAGUGAAAUGUCCUCAGUGCCUGGCUAUCCCUGAGACACAGAGCACAAGAACUGAUAGGAUGGCAGACCUUGGACUGCAUAAAGAUUAGCAUCCCCUGCUGCGUUGUAAUUAUCAGAAUCUGGACAGUCACUUGUUUGGCUGAAAUGAUUCCAUACAGUUUUCACAUGAAAAGUAAAACCUACGCAAUGUGACAGCAAGAAGUUUUUAAAUCUCUCAGCAGGAUGUCAUAGGGUAUAUUUAUAAACUCCAGCUGAGCAGUUGCUCUGCAGUGGAAUUCCUCCGGCAUUGAGAUAAUAAUUUGCACAGUCAAAUUGCCUGCUUCACAAAAACCCAGGGAAUUUUGAGCACAUAAUCCUCUGUUAAUGUCAACCCACAGGCAGCAAGAAAGCGUAAGAUUGCCAUUCGAAAAGCCCAGGGGAAAAAUGCAGAAGCCAUCCGAGAGUUGAAUGAGUAUCUGGAACAGUGAGUGUUUUAUAAGAAUACGUAUUGUGUUUUGCUAUUCUGAUAAAUCUUUUUUAAUUAAAAUGGAAUUUACAUUUGAUUUACUACUUUUUCUCCCAUGCUGUUCAUUUUACAGAAUUCUCCAUGUUUUGUUUUGUUUUUAGAUUUGUUGGUGACCAAGAAGCCUGGCAUGAACUCGCAGAACUUUACAUCAAUGAACACGAGUAAGUUAUUUGCGAAGCCUAUAACUAAGGGUGUGUUUUUUAUGUAUAAGGAAGAAACUAGUAGCUAAGGCAUCUGUUGGAAAAUAAACAAUUUCAUUUUAGUAGGAUAAGCAAUAUCCUAAGAAGCCUUUUGUGGCUACCAGGUCCCUUUAUUUUCUUUUUUAUUUAAAUGACAGAAAAUUGUUUUUGUGUUUGUUUUAAUAGUGAUGGGAAUAAAUUUCACCUAGUAGGUGAAAUUGUCAGGGGGGGAAAAACAGCUGCAGUUAGCUAGGGUCGACAGGUUAGCAACAUUACUUAAAUUGUUUUGCUAGAUGCAGGUACAAAUGUUCUAUAUUUAAGAAGUGGCAUGCAUGAACUGUAUGUAAGGUUUAGGCAUUUUCUUCUUUGAGGAAUCAUACUAAUGAUAUGGUUUGAAAGUCUACUCUAGUGCUUUCUUCAAAAUCUGCAAGUUUAAAAUGGGUGUUUGCUCUCCUGGGUAAAAGACACCAUGCAGUCAAGAAUGUUGAGUGUUGGACGAACUUUCUUAUUGGAUAUUUAAUGUUUUUGUUAGCUUUUUAUUGCUUUAGUGACAAGAGGAAAUCCCAGUGUGAGUGGAUUAGCUCAAAGCCUUAGUUCAAGUUUUCUAAUAUCACGGCAUUAAUUCUGACCUUCAUUCCAUGGCAAAUAAUUGUGGUUUUCUUCCGUCUUUAUUUUUUCAGCCCAGGCCUAAAUUGUACUACGAUAUUUCCUUCCUUCCUUUUCAGAGAAUAGGCAAAUAAUGAGAUUCUCAGGAGAAAAGGCAGCCAUUCCAUUGGGUUUCAAAAAACAGCUUUUUCUCACAGUAGAAAUAACGUGAGCUUUUUGACAGUAGAAUUUAAUAGAUAAUGUUAGUGUUCAGAUUUCCAGUGUGUGUCAAUAAAUUGUCCUGCAACAAACAUCCUAAUUUUUUUGGCAAUAUUUAGUACUAUAAUAAACUUUGUGGUCUCAUUUUAAGUCAUACUCAGAGUAGACCCAUGGAAAUCAAUAGGCAAUUAAGUCACUGAUUGAUUUCAGUAGGUCAACUGAGGAUCAAGUAGGAUGCCGCUUUUACUAUUUAAUUAAGUGUCAGCAAAAUGUAUGGAAUCCAUAUUAGUUUGCUUACAUCCUGAACAGCAGUCUCUUAUGCAACAUUAAAGAGUAAUAAUUUUAUUGUGGCAGAAGCUUUCCUGUACUAAAGCCCGCAUAGAAAAAAGGCUAAUGUGCACGCACAUACAUUUUCAAAGUUUGUAAACAUUAGGGGGGAAAGGCAGGGUGGAUAAAAUUAGAGGUGACUUAAAAAAUAAUAAUGAAAAAGAACUUAUUAAUGCAAGCACAUUAAACUCUAUAUUAAAACUCACUUUACUUCUAUCCAAAAUGCUGUUUUGGUAAAUUAUAAAUACUAAUGACAAUAAACCAGGGGUGGACAGCUUUUUUCUGUUGAGGGCCACAUUCGCUUGGCCAUAAUCUGUUCGACUGCGUACUGGCAGUGGCCAAGGCCAGAACCAAUUACUAUUUCUCUUUCAGACACUUCCUUCUGUUUUGCAUUGUGCCCCACUCCACCCCCACUUUUUCCGCUUUCUGCCCAUGGACUGCAGGUUCCCACCGCUGUUAAAAAGCAAAUAAUAUGAACACCUACUUCCCAUCUCAUAGAAAGUGCUGUUUUGUCCUGUAAUUACCAAGUCUUGCUUCUAAAUGUUCUACGCAGAAAAGCUACAGUUUAGCAAAGAAUAAAGCGUGCCUAAGAUAAUCGGUUUUAAAUGGGUUCAGCCACACCUAGCGUCGUGCUUGAUUGGGUAGUGUUCAGCUUAGUUUUACUCAAGAGUAGAGCUGUUGAAUUUAGUGGACCUAACUUAAUCAUGUUCAUUAACUCCAGCAGGUCUACUGUGGAUAAAACUUAUUUGAAUACCACCCUUUGUCUUUAAAUGAUCUUGGUUAGUGUGUCCUUCUAACGGCAGAGAAUGUGCCAAGGACAGAUCUGUAAUGCACUAGUGACUCACCUGUUGCUAAGAAUAUAGAAUUCCUAGGUGUCAGAGGAUGUGGGCUGCAUGAGCAAAGGUUUUGGCUAAUGUCCAUAGACUAUUGCAAUACUUUGUAUGUAGAUCGGCUUUGAAAACAGUCUGGAAAAUGCAGCUGAUCCAAACUAGGGUUGCAAGACUCUUAACCUGGCCUGUUUGAUCAUAUUCCAGUGAUUUACAAGAUGCACUUGCUCCCAGUCCUAUAGCUUAGGACCUGGAUAUUUGAAAGAACACCUCCCACUUGUAUUUACCUCAUCCUUCCCCUUCAGAGGGAGAUUGUCCAGGGUUUGUCAAAUGAAGUGAUGGGGUUGUAGUCCCGCAAAAUCUAGAAGGCACAAUGUUGACUAUCCAUGCUUCAAAUCAAUCCACCAGACCAAGAGACCAUGGUGGUGACUGAUAUCAGAUUGUCUUCAGUAAACAGCAAGGCUUUUUGUGUGGUGGCUCUGCUUUUAAAUGAGUUUUUGAAGGCCAGUCUGAGGUCUUGCUUUUAAGAGUAAAGGUGGUGCUUUUCUGUUCCAUCCUUUGAUGCUUAUCUUUGCCUUUGUAAGCCUGACUGCUGCUUGCUCUUGUAAUCAUUUUGAAUUUUAGCAUCACUUUUGAAGGUUUUUAAUUUUUCAGUUUUAUGUAGGCUGCUAUAGGAACCAUUGUUUGAAAGAUAACUAGAAAUAUAAUAACUAAUUAGCAGAGUGUGGGUUUGGGGCUUGCAUUUGCUGCGGUAAUGUGCAAUAGUGUCUUGAGUGUGCAUUUUUUCCUUCUGCCUUAGCAAAGGCUAAUGGGAAUGAAGGGCACCGAUCUUAGCUGCCCUGGUGAAAAUGUUUAGGGAAGCUUUUAAUGUUUGAUGGAUUACUGUAUUUUAAUAUUUUGUUGGAAGCCGCCCGGAGUGGCUGGGGAAGCCCAGCCAGAUGGGCGGGGUAUUAUUAUUAUUAUUAGAUACUAAAACUGGCUUGGAUCUAACCAUUUUCCAGUUACAGUUUGCCACACAACUACUGGUGCAUGUCUUUGAAACACUUGUUGGUCAUAUUCUUGUGAAAUCAUCUGCGCAUGGAUGUUGCUGGCAGCAUCUUCACAGCAAAUGCACUCCUUUCCCAGCUGUUGCAAUUGCAGGAAUCACUGCUGGCUGUGUCCUUGCACAGCCUAGUUUCAGCCAGAUGGAUGGGGUACAAAUAGGGUUGCCAUAUUUCAAAAUGUGAAAAUCUGGACACAGAAGUUGUUGGGCUUGUUUUUUAUUUCAAAAUUAAGUUUCUGAGCUAUUUUUAAGGGAAUUCGCCAAAAUCUACAAUUCUGACAUGCAUUGCCAUGCAUCCAGAUUUUCCCGGACAUUUCAGCAAUUUCCGCCCAGACACUUUCCUGGGUACAAAUGAUAAAAUUAUUUUACUCACGUAUUAUUAUACUUACGUUUCUCCACAUGGCCCUAUAUCUUGGAAGGCAUGGUCAUGUCCCUCCCACACAUAGUAGGUUCAAGUGUUGCAGAGCAGGGGGGAGGUGGAGAGAGUAGAAGUGCGAACAAGUUUCAGGAGUAUUUUCUCCUCUUCUGCUGUAGUGUGUGGAGUGGAACUGGUAAAGCUCAUAUAUCGUGGGAUAAUGAGCCUCAGAUGGGCCCUGGAGCCGUGUGUCUUGCUUGUGAGUGAGUCCCUCUUUGCAUAUUAAUAUCAGAAGAGUAUAAAGCAUAAACUGCACUACCUGUGCUUUUGCUUUCUCUUCUGUAUGAAGAAGAAAACUUUCAGUAUAAAAACUUCACUACAGUGGUACCUCAGGUUGCAGAUGCUUCAGGUUACAGACGUUUCAGGUUACAGACUCCGCUAACCCAGAAAUAGUACCUUGGGUUAAGAACUUUGCUUCAGGAUGAGAACAGAAAUCGUGCUCUGGUGGCGCGGCGACAGCAGGAGGCCCCAUUAGCUAAAGUGGUGCUUCAGGUUAAGAACAGUUUCAGGUUAAGAAUGGACCUCUGGAACGAAUUAAGUACUUAACCUGAGGUACCACUGUAUUGCUGUGCUCCUGUAACUGCACUAGUGGUGAUAGUACUAGUAAUAAUAAUAAGAAGAAGAAGAAUAAUAAGAAUAAAGGUGUGAUUUUCUGGUUUUGUUCUUCAGUUAUGCAAAGGCAGCCUUUUGCUUGGAGGAACUCAUGAUGACUAACCCCCACAACCACUUAUAUUGCCAGCAAUUUGCAGAGGUGAGUAUUUCAGGACAGUCUGGGUAGCUAGCAGUUGUCUUUGCUCAGUGGCCAGUUGGCAAGGCAUGUUGUCCCUGCAGUCUGCCCACUUGUUGUCUCCCACGGCUUCUACUGCAUUCUUUUUUUGUACCGCUGGCUUGCAUCCUCAUAUUUGGUUAGCGGACAGUUGUACUGAGACGUUUUGUUUUCCAAUACAGUGGUACCUUGGUUUACAACCAUAAUCUGUUCUGGAGGUCUGGUUGUAAACCAAAACAGGUUGUAACCCAAGGCGUGCUUUCGCCCAUGUGCCCCCCCCCCCAUUGGUUGUAAUCCAAAAAAAGGGACACGCACUUCCGGUUUUGAUGUGGUUGUAAUCCAAAAUAGUUGUUGUCAGGGCUGCCUCAAGUCUCAGCUCACAAAAGACCAACGCCUAUGUCUUCUUAUAUACAAAAGUGUUUAUUGCAGUUCAUUGUUUGCUUGACAUAUUAGGCGCGCAGCCCUACGUCUGCUACGCUUAGACCGCUGAAGUCCCCUCUGAAUCCGGUCCCUCCCCUGCACCAAUUUAAGAGGCUUGCGCUGCUCCACCUCUUUCUCUCUUUCCUUUUCCGCAGGGUCCUUCUGCCCGCUGGGGUUUCGCCCCUCCUGGAUUCCUCUGACGCGGAAUCAGACUGCUCUACCCACCUCCUGCGGGCUUUGGGACCUGGCCCCUCCUCCGGGCUCCAUGUACUUCCGCGCGCCUCUCAAUUGGAACCCGGCGCGCGCACCAAACCUAUAUCUUUCCUUUUGACAGUUAAUCUACUCCCUUCCCUGCUCCCCUCCCCUUCCGGGAGGGUGGCUUGCUCUGACCUCCCUCCUUUCUCUGCUGCCGGAGCUGCUUCCCCUGAUACACUGGAAACUCCACCCCCUUCGCUGCACUCUGGUGGGGAGGCUGGUCCUGACGCCCAGCUGCCACUUUGGGAUCCUCCGCUGGCCCCCUGCUCCUGACACGUCCCCCCUGGGGCUCCUGGCCUUGACCACCGGCGCCCCCUUCUGGGAAUCCUCUGAUUCGCUGGAAAGACUCAUGGAAUCUCUUGAGUCAUUGUCAUCCUCUUCCUCGCUGGCUUGGGAUUCAUCCCCAUCGCUCUCCAUCUCCUGCCUACCCUGUGCCUCUCUCCCUGAACCCCUGACAGUUGUAAUCCAAAGCAAUUGCAAACCAAGGUACCACUGUAAUUGUCAUCUUGGUUCGUUUUUUUAAUAGUUUAGUUAAGCAUCAAAUACCCCUUACACAUUUUAACUCCAUUCCUCACGCUGCAUUAGUCUGGUACUCCUUUCACUCUCAGAGGAAAAGCUCACGUUUCCAUUUCUGGGAUUUAUUAUAAGUGGAGCAACUUUUCAUAAUGUUAAAUUAAACUUGCUCAUCAAUCUUGCAUUUGAAAUAGGUUAAAUAUACCCAAGGAGGGCUUGAAAACCUUGAGCUCUCAAGAAAAUAUUUUGCACAGGCGUUGAAGCUGAACAACAGAAACAUGAGAGCAUUAUUUGGACUUUAUAUGGUGAGUAUGAAGGCAUUUAAUCCCCCCCCCAAAAAAUUAAUUUGAUAUUUAAAGUUAUGCAAGUGGAGUUGAGACAGAAAAACAUGCCAUGCUCCUUGUUUCAAGUGUGAUGUCAGGUGUGAUGCAUAUCGGGUUUGGCUUGUUUCUUCCUAGCCUUAGCAAACUUUAUAUAACACCAACAAAUAAAGCAACUUUUCUCUUCCUGUCAUUAUAGGCAAGCACAUCUUAGUGUCAUCGAAGUAUUAAAUCAGUUAUUUAAUUUAGCAAUUCUAUUUCAAGUACAGUACAAAAGUAUUUAGCUGAAGCAUUAAGGUAGCUAAAAAUUCCUACUAAUUAAAUUGUUCUAUAGCUUCUUGCAAAUUUUCAAUAGGAUCUUAAAACGGAUCCAUUAGAGAGAAAGACUUGUGAAUUUUUUUAUACUCUUAGUGUAAACAUGCCUCAUUUUACUGCAUGAAAAGUUCCGAUUAUGUGCACGCCAAAGAACUUCCACCUCCUCCUCUGUCCUUUUUCUUCUGGCUUUAUUUUGGUACCUUCAAGAGUUCUGAUACGCUAAGACUUAUUCUCCAGUGUACAUGAUGACUUCCUAUACACAUAAAAUUUCAGUGCAAGAAAACUGUCCUUAAACUAUCACGUCAUAAGUGCACAGAUCUAUUUCAUUCUGUGCCCAAGUACUGUACAUUUCCAUCCAUACUCUUACAUUGCAAGAGCCACACACAUUGUUUUCACUUGUUAUGGGUCAAGCUUCUCAUGUGGUUGCUGCUCUACUUGCAUGUCAAGAUUGGGAGCUAGGAUAUAUGAUCCUUCCUUUUCCUCCUCCUUCUGAAUGUCCUGUUAGGGAACUGGGCAUGAGAACUUAUUACCACAGAGAAGCAACAGUACUGAGGUUCCCUUCUUGACGAUAAGUUCUUGGGAGAUAAAGGCAGGACUAUAAUUGGACAAACCUCAAGCCUUUUUUGCGGGGCGGGGAGCCCUCUAUUUUGCAUUCAACUUAAAGAAAUAAGUUUAUCACCAAAUGCACUCUGGGGUGAACCACCAUUUGUGUUCUUGUUCUGUUGUGCAAAGAACAGAUGAUGCGCAUACAGCUGCUGUAGUGACAAAGCUUUCUUAUUAAAAAAAGGCACUAAGUAAAGGAUUCUCGGUAUUUGAAGUGCUGAUUUCCAGCUUACACGCUUUUUAUAAUAGUGCUACAAAUUCAUUCUAAUGUUACUUAAACAGCAGUGCUAUGGAAUUUAUAAGCAUAGGGAUACUUAACGAUUAAAGCAUUCUUUUAUUGCUGUCAGCAUAGAGGCUCAAAUAUUGACUUAUCUUAUGAAACUGCAGAUGAAACCUUUUCCCUCUCAAGGUCUGUGGCGAUGCUUGCUUUUACUACCUGUUGACAAGAUUUGAGGUUCUGUAAUGCUGCCAGAUCAAAUAACAAUUUCCAUAGAACUAGCAGUAAGGAUGCGCUGUCCUAAAUGUUCGCAUUUUCUGGAAACGAGAUCAUUCCUGCUUUGUUAAUGUUAACAGCAAAUCUUCUUUUGAAGUUGUUACAUUUUGUGUUUUAGAACUUGUAACUUAAAUAGCAUGAUAUUCAUGCACAUUCAGGCCUUCGGUUUUAGAAGUCUUGCUUCCAAGUUUUCUGACUUGUUAAGGGUAUGGCUGGAAUCCAGAGAGCUGCUUUAGACGCAACUCAGGGCUUGCGAAUGCAUCAUGAACAUUUGAGUUUGUCUUUGAACAGCAGAUCCCUGUGCAAUAUACAAACUGAUUUAGACAUUGCCCUGCCUCUCAAAAGUGGUUUGCAAAGUGGCAUGGGGAACUGCUGUUUGCAGAGAUAUUAAAAAUUCACUGCCGUGCCUACCUUGGAACAAAAGAGAGACUAGCAGAACCACAAUGUCCAGUUUCUUACUUGCUUUUUUUGUUAUCAAAAACCGUUAACUUAAAAUGUAUUUUUGCUUUAAUGUGUUUUGUUUUAAUACCUACACUCACAUUUUUCCCGUUGCACUGUUUUAUCAUGUUCCAUGUGUAUUCAGGUUUAUUUUGCAAGAUUCUGUUGCUGAUUUGUUUUUUUUGUCUUCUUUCUAGUCUGCCAGCCAUAUUGCUUCCAAUUCCAAGGCAAGUGCAAAAAUGAAAAAAGAUAAUAUGAAGUACGCUGGUUGGGCAGCAAACCAAAUAAAUAGAGCUUACCAGGUGAGUAUUGUGUUAAAACUCUGAUAUGCUUCAUGCAUCACUUUACAAUAGACCUUUUCACCUUGUUUGCCUAUGUGGUAGGCAAGUGGAAUGGGGAGGCAGGGGUUUGUGAUAAAGUCAUAAAGAGGUCAUGCAGAUUUCAGAGAAUAACAUAACAUUAGGACAAAAGGAAUUUUAUUUUGUUUUCCAUCUUUUUUAGAGGAUAUGAAUAUAUUGCAAAAGUUGUCUAAGCUUUGAGUGUAUAGUCUGAAGGAAUCCUUGUGCAUCCAUGUGUGCAUAAAUUUAAGUGUCUGCUCAACUAUAAAUAUAAUUAAUUUCUGGGAACAUUACCAUAUUGCACCAUUGCAGUUUGACUGUAAAGCCAGUAACUUACCUUAGUUUAAUUUAAAAAAAAUUAGUUUGAUAAAAGAAGCUAUUAUUUAUGGGAUAUUUGGUUGGAUUUAAUUGCUUAGCUUUAAUCAGUCUUGAGAUGUUUUGAACUGUUCAUCUGAUUCUGUUAAAUUGAUGGUAUAUAUAAUUUAUCUCUGAAGAUCACAGUGUAAAUUUGAAAACACUGCUUGUAUUUUAUUUCUCCUUUUUUGUAAACUUAUGGUCCAAUUCCAUAGUUAUGUUGGAGCUGGAUCAAAAUAAUUGCAAAUUGGCUCCUCUCUCAGUUGAUACUUACCAGAACAGUUCACAUUUUACAUAACUAAAAUGUAUUUAAAACAAAUGUCAGAACUUCUUUGUGACUUCAUAUGUUUGUGAUGUAUUGCAUACUUCAGCUGUAUUUUAGCAGAAAAGUGACAAAUACCAUAUCUAGCUGAAAACUGCAAGGGGAAUUUCAGUAUGCGAGAUACAAUUACGUAAAUUAGAAGUUGGCCAAAAUCUCAAGUUAACACCCUACUCGGGCAAAAUGUACUAUAAGAAUCUUUACUGAAUAAAGACCAAAUCCUGGUUGAGCUGUGCGUAUUGUAUGGUUUGGUCUGGUCUGUUUCUAUAUUUGCACUGAAACUACUGAAGAGCCUGAAGCAAAAGGGCUGAAAAAUUGGUAGGUGGCUUUCUUCACAUUGAGCGAAUCUGUUCUCAGUAAGUACUAUUCUGCUAAAGGUUGCUAUCUUACAAAUGAAAAAAAAAUGAACAUGCCAAAUGAUUCUUUUAAGGAGACUCGUAUUCUGUAUGGCAAAGGUAGCUAGUCCCCAGUUCAGGGGCCUGGUCCAAUCUCCCAAUCAAUUCUCUCCCCUCCCUCAAAAAAAAAACACACACACAAAAAAACCCCCCAUCCAUUUUGGCAGCUGCAGGGAAAAGGAAAAUAAAAUCAAGACACAGUGCAGAGGUGAGUAGAGCCCAGUACCCUAAUGGGGAUGCUGGUUGCCACCUCCCUGUUGAUCUAGUUGUGUGGAUCAGCUCAGGAGGGGCAGUGUGUGUGUUAAUGAAAGAGUUUGGGAUCACCACACCCACUUUGGGCCACAUGUACUUUGGGCAUGCAGCUCCAAGUGGGUUGGAUAAGGGUGAAUGCAGCCCUUAAAACAAAUAAUGAUGAUGGUGAUGAUGUUUUAUAUACGUUGUAGUGUGGCCACUAUGGAAUUUAAGGGGAAAGAAUUUAAGGGGAAAGUUGUCUUAACUGUUUGGGGCCCUUAAAAUAACUGCACUAAUUAAUUGUGAACUAAUGACAUAAACUACAAUAUAUCUAAAUCACUAAAAACUGAAGAAUCUUCGCUUGUGUUCUGUGCGCUUAACAUCAAAGCAAAAUAUAGGUUCCUAUUCCUUCAAUUAGUUUAUUGUGUCUGUAAUGGAAGCAUUUUAGCAGAGAGGUGCAAGUUUGAUUAACGUUAAGUGUUUUUUGUUUAAGCCCUUAAUAUGAUCCACUCAGUAAUUUCACUGAUAAAUGCUUUUGGACACAUGACUAAAUUCUCUAGUGUUAGGCAUCCACAUGUUGUUUAUUAGCGGUGAGGUGAUUCUGUUACAAACCAUUUGGGACAGAAAAUUUAAUCAUGAUUUCAGAGAGACGGGGAAGUAAAAGCUUUGUCAUCAGCUGAAUUGGUGCCUAAUGCUGGAGUACACAAAAUAAUUGGUCAUAAACUAGAAUUCGAAGUGAUUUAGAUGUCCAACUAGGCUUUUAUUGAUUGUGACACCAUUGGGCUUUGUUUGUUCUAACUUGAAGCCUAUGCCAAUGUCAUUAAAGGAAGCCAUUUUUCAAGUUAACAAGGGCCUUUCCUCUUGUUACUGUCUUAUGUCAGAGCUGUCCUAAGUGUCCCUAAAACGGAAUAGGCAUAGUACUAAUUAUUUUGAGCUCCCCAUUCCUUUAGCAGUUUUCAAAUCAAGCACAAGGUCUUUGAAAUUUUUCUAUAAUCAGUUUCUUAAGCAGUUAAACCUCUGUAAAUAUAUGGUUGGGGCUGUCUCCACACACACACACCUGGCCCCAUUUUUCACCUUCAGUCUUCUAAGAUUUGGGGUUAAGAUUACUUAAUCUUUGAAUAUGGUCCAAGCGGGUCAAAGGCAGGUUAACAAUUCUUCCGUCUUGUUCCAGCUGGAAUAUUACCUGUCUUACCACAAAAUUUUGUCAUCGGGUCAUGAGACAUUUGCUAAAUUGUGUUAAUUAUGAGAGAAAAGGAACACAUCAUAAAUCAGGAAAUCUUGUAUGCAGGACAGCCAUAGUACUUGAAGAAAAGAAAAAAAGCAUUAAACUGGAAAUUUAUUGGGUGUUUAGAUGUUAAUGUUAGUUUGAGAAUAGGCCAUGGAAAAAAAAUUCGAUAGUGGCAAGCCCUUGAAAAGAAAUUACACCUACAAAGGAAUGGUAUAUAUGUUGCAAUACAUGGUUUGAACCAAAUUACCAGUUAGGAACUUCUUUGACAUAAGCCUAUAUAUAUAUAUAUAUAUAUAUAUAUAUAUAUAUAUAUAUAUAAAUAUAUAAAUAACUAACUAACUAACUAACAGGUUAAUUUUUAAGAACAAUAACUGUCUGAAGUGAAUGGAACGUGAACAUCUUAGCACAAUUCCUGUUUACAUCCACCUGAAUAAUUCUUAGUAGAAUGUAUCAUUAGCUGGUAAAUCUUCUGCAAGUGAUGAAGAAAGUGCUGGAGCUAGCUCAUUGUAGGUACAAUCCACUCGGCUGUUCUCCUGUGCAAAUCCUUUGAAAAGUAUUAGAGCUAUUCAGGAGUGUCAUUGCACGUUGCCAUUUGUACGUAUGCCCUGUUAACACACAGCAUAUUUCCCACCGGGGUUUGCCCCUUGAAAUUUGGAUGGAAUAGCCCACCCAUUUAUCACUGCUACAGCCAUAUGUUUGCCUGUAUAAAUAAACAGCAAACUGUAGGACAUUUAGUUGGUUGCAUGUAAAAACAACCAUGUGUGCCAAGAUCUCUCUCUUUUCAUUUAGAGCCUUGCAUUAUAAUGACAGAUCACAAUCAAAUAAAACGAUAUGAUUUACUAUCCUGCCGUUCAACUCUCCAUAUUGAGUUACGGAAUGACAACAUUGCUGUAGUAAAUGUUGCUAAAUGAAACUCAGAAGUGUUUUUUUCUGUAAUUUAAAUAGAAGCUUAUUAACUUUUGAAUACCAUAGCCAAAUCUUGUCGUGCUGAGAAAUAUUAGUGUUAUCAAAGCUGAGUCACACUAAAUGUUUAAAUGUUGAUGUUUCAAAUCUGGUAGCUGUUUCCUUUUUUCUAGUAAGUAGGUACAAGAGUUACUUGGUUAACAUUAAAAUUGUUUCAUCUUUAGCAUUUCUUUAACAUUUUGGGUAAACAUUCUGUCAGCAUAUCCCAUUUUCUUUUUCUUGUUAAUUAUAGUUCCAUUGGCUUUUACACAGUGCAGUUGUUGACAUGAUGUCAGAUAGAAUAUUAAGCAGGAGACAAUGUUGACAGCUCUAAAAUGUGUUUAAACAACAUCAGAAAGAAAACAAACACUUAACUUGCUCUGUGUUGAAUCCAGAUUAAGUUAGGGAAACUUACAUUCCCAUGUAUAUCAGUUGGACAAGUUAGUAAUGUCUUACGCUGCAGUCUACACCCCACUUACAUGGGAGUAAGUCUCACUGAAUUCAAUAGGACUUCUCAGUAGACAUGGUUAGGAUUUUGCUGUUAGUUCCCAUUGAUUUCACUGUUAUUUAAGAUAACGAAGUCUGAAUCCAGUCUUUUGUAUCAUACAUAUGUUCACCACAUGGAAAGAAAGUUGAGGUAUGGACGUGUAUGAAAUAAAACAAUUGAAUAAUAAAAUACUUGCACAAUAAAAUACAAAUAUAGUAGUAGUAAUUUUAUUUUUAUUGACCUUGAGUCAUAAGAAAAAUAAAUCUGUACAGUAUGUACAUUUCAGUGUUAUAGAUGUAAAAAAAACAAAAAACAAAAGGUAUAAGUAAAAACAUUUGUAUUGAUAAAACACUAGCAACCACUUAAGAGUCACUGCACAGAUCAAGGUCUACAGCUGGUUUCAUAAGUGUCAAAAACAAUGUUGAUAUUUAGCUAUGGCUAAUACAAAGCAUGCUGUUAAUCUGGUUAUGUCUUUAUAUGAGUGUGUCAGAUUCCUGCAAAUCCAACCAAUAUUGCCACCUCUCCUGAAACCAACAGUCAAAUUUACAAUGCAUUUUAUCCGAGAUGUUUAAUAAAUUCAAACUAAAUCUCCUUGUCUGCUCGGGAUAUGAAAAGAACUAGUGAGCUUAAAGGAGAAUAAUGAUACUUAGCAUGUAUAUAUUGUGUCUGAACCAUUGUACAUAUAUCAUUUCAGUAAUUCUUGGAACAAUCCUGUAAUGUCAGUACUAAUAUUAUCCUUUCUCAUGAUAUGAGGCUAAGACUCAGAGACAGAACCCUGUCUUCAGCCACCUAGUGUGUUCAUGGUAGAAGUGAGGUUUGAAACUAGGAUUUCUUCUUCAGCUACAUCAGUGUUCAUGUCUAUGAUUUCAGUUAAAUAUAAAUAAACACUAAAGUCUGGGUCCAAGUGUGAGUUGUAGACAUUUUUGUUGUGCAAGGGAGAAAUCUACAAUUUUUGGUAGCUGCCUACCCUGUUCUUCAAAGGCUUUUAAUCUUUAAGAACUAAUUAUGGGGUACCACUGGAGGCUGAAGCUUGUAAGAGAUAGUGGGAAUCUUUUUGCAUGGAAAGAACUCUGUUCAGUGUUGUUAGGACCCAACCCCACAAAACUAACAUAGUAGAUUAGAGUAGUAGCUAAGCAGGUUGCUUAGAGAUUAGAAUCUCAUCUCUCCUUUGAACUUACAAGGUCUUUAGCUCCAGUCUGCAAUAUGGGGAUGAUACUUUUGAGGAUAACAGUAAGAUAAUGUGUACAAGGUGCUUUGAAAAGUAUUAUUUAGGUGACAGUGAUUCCUAAGUGGUUCAACAAUGGAUAAAGUUGUCAAAAAAGUGUAUGCAGCCUCUUGAUAGAGUUUCAAUGAGAGGCUAAAUAAAAGUAAGUUGUUAUUGUUGUUAAGUAUAUGAUAUCUUGCAUUGGAUGCCACACUGAAUACAAUAAGCCCACAAUUUAUGCAGGGUUAUGUUCUAGGAAUCACGUCUAAAGCCAAAAUCACUUAUAGUCAAAACAUAUUAGGUGCAAUGGUUGAUGGGACUGCUGGAGUCUUUUUUCUUGGACUUCUACUUCCUUUUCACCCCUUUUUAAAUUGUUUUUGUUUUUAUUUUGCCAAAUGAACGUGCACAAGUUCACCGUGCAUAAUUUGCAGGCUUACUGUAUAGAUAAUUGAUCUUCCAGCCCUCUGGGUUCCACAUCACUAAUGGAAGGUACAUGUGGGAUGGGCCCUUUUGUUUGGUGUGCUUCCUGCCCAGUGUCCUUUUUUAUUUAUUUCGAGGGUUAAUACUUGCCUCUUAACCAAAUCUUCUGAGAUGGCUUGCCACUAUAUUUAAGAAGCUGCAUGAGACAAAGGAAGUAGGGUAGGGUUUCUUCACAUAGGUGGUGGCUUCAGUUUCUGUAGUCUUGGGCAGCUCCUGGCUCCUGGUGGGAGAUGCAAGGGACACUAUGGAAGCAGAGAUGCCUACAAGCCCCUCGCAGGUUCUUAGAUGUUCAAUCUGCCAGUCCUUUUGCAUUCUGUAGGCAUCACACAAGAGGGGACAUAAAAUGGGCAUUUUUACAGUCAAAUCUUGGUACUGGUUUUUAAUGGAACAUUUCUGCAGUAGAAGAUUCCUCAUGCAGUCUUGGCAAUUUUGGUGGUGAUGUACCUUAUUGUGACUUUUCAUUACUUGGUUUUGUAAAACAAGUGUUAAUCUUUCUUUUCCCUUAGUAUGCUGGUCGCAGUAAGAAGGAGACGAAGUACUCUCUGAAAGCUGUAGAAGACAUGUUGGAGGCCCUGCAGAUUACCCAGUCCUAAAUGAUAGCGAAGCUACCCAGUGAUAGAUUUUCUUUCCUCAGCUCCAUGUCCAAACUCAAAUUAUCUAAGAGUUAUGUUAAUUUUAAAUUCCCAGUUGUGUUAACAAUGGUUUCAUGUUAGUGAAAGUGACUCUCUUAAAUAAUGUGUUUUAUAAAAGAUAUAAAAUUCCUAUUUAUUGCUGCUAUGAUGAAAAGCCACUGAAAUGAAUAAAAAGAAUAAAUUUAUUGAACGUCAGUCUCUUCAGAUCUUGUAUGUACAGUAAAUGCUUAAGCCAUAACAUGAUGUAGAAAUAAACUUAAGUGAUGAU